CAAAUUACAUGGUUUUUUCUAUAAUCAUACUUUGAGUUAUCGAUAAGACAAAACUUUACAGGUACAAAUUUAUCCAAGUUUGAUUAUCCAUUCAAGGCUUUCCAUCCAGAAGUUACUUCUUUAAAGGUAGGGAACACUAAGGAUCGAAACUAAUCUGCUGGUUGGAAAAAGAAAAUGAAAUACACUGAGAGGCGCCAUCACAGUCACUCAUGUAAGCUACACAUGACAAACCACCAAGAAAGCCCGUACAUAUGCGAUGGUUGCAAUCAAAUAGGUUUAGGCUUAAGCUUUAGUUGCGAACGAUGCAGCUACGACCUUCACCCGGACUGUAUCUCGGCAAGCUCUUCAAUGCGCCAUCCAUAUUACAAAACAUCUAACUUCAAGUUCCACGAUCGUCCACCUGGAGUACGUGAACGCUUUUGUGAUGGCUGUGGCGGAGAUAUAAAAGGCUUUUCUUACCACUGUGACCGGUCCUGUCGUGAUUUGCAUCCAUGUUGCAGCAAAUUACCGAGUCAGAUUGAACAUGAAGGUGUAAAAUUACUUCUUCAGGAGAAGUUGGCUUCAAAAUGUUCAUGGUGUGGAAAAAGAAGAUUAUGGGACCAAGUUACUGGUUGGUCUUACGUUUCUACUUGUGACAGCUUUCAGUUUCAUGUAAACUGUGUUAAGGAAAUGCUUGUCAAGUUUUGGGAGAGUCGUCACUUCAAUUGUGUUAAUGCUGCCAGAAUUGAGUUUGGGGAUAAUGGCCGUGAUAACUGUGAUGAUGGGCGCAAGAAGAGUUUGGCAAUGGAGCAUAGUGUUGUAGGAAAUAGAGAACGUCGCAUGGUUAUUUCUACGCGGAUACAAGAUAAGGUCCAGAAAUAUUGGAGGAUAGCAAGAUUGGUAAUGAGAAUGAUCGCGUCCACAAUUUUAGGUGAUCCAACAUCUGCAACUGCUUGGCUCAUUGAGUCUCUUGUUUCAUCAGCUUGAACCCCAGCUUGACGAGGACAGAUACAUAAAAAGCUUCAGUUGUCAUAUUGUUGUGUUUGUUAAGUAGGGAGCCUCUAGUGGCACAUAGCGGUGGAAUGGUCAGCUCAUCGGUUCAUUUUUUUUCACUGCGGUCGUGACCGUUCACCCCUUUCUGGUUUGUAAUUAUUAUUAUUUUUUUUUGAAGCAUUUGUAAUAUUUAUUAGCCAUUUUGUUGUUUUAAUCAGAUGCGGGAUUUUGUGAUUUUAAGGAUGAUUUACAUAUAUG